CACCUAUACCGACACUUGUUUAAAUAAUAGUAAAUAGUUAAAUACAAACAAGUGCGACUGCGUUCACUGUGCGACCGCAAACGCAGCUAACCAGAUCCCUUUUCUCUCUCUUUCCCUCUAUAAAAUCGCGUCCUUGCUUGCUAUAGUGAGUUUAGAAAGAAACUGAUAGUAGAAAAAAAGAGAGAAGAAAAAUGGUGUUGACGAUCUAUGCUCCUUUAUUCGCUUCUUCGAAGAGAGCCGUUGUAACCCUAGUGGAGAAGGGAGUAUCAUUCGAGACCGUCAAUGUCGAUCUCAUGAAAGGAGAACAGAGAAAGCCUGAGUAUCUCGCGAUUCAGCCUUUUGGUAAAAUCCCAGUGCUCGUCGAUGGAGACUACAAAAUCUUCGAGUCGCGUGCGAUCAUGAGGUAUAUAGCAGAGAAGUAUAGAUCACAAGGACCUGAUCUUUUGGGUAAGACAAUUGAAGAGAGAGGACAAGUAGAGCAAUGGCUUGACGUUGAGGCUACAAGUUAUCACCCACCACUAUUGGCUUUAACGCUUAACAUUGUUUUUGCUCCACUUAUGGGUUUUCCUGCUGAUGAGAAAGUUAUUAAGGAGAGUGAAGAGAAGCUUGGAGAAGUGCUUGAUGUCUAUGAAGCUCAGCUUUCAAAGAAUGAAUACUUGGCUGGUGAUUUUGUGAGUCUAGCUGAUUUAGCUCACCUUCCUUUCACUGAGUAUCUCGUUGGUCCUAUUGGGAAGGCUCAUUUGAUCAAAGAUAGGAAGCAUGUUAGCGCGUGGUGGGAUAAGAUUAGUAGCCGCGCUGCGUGGAAGGAGGUUUCCGCAAAGUACUCCCUACCUGUGUAAACAAGGAGAUGUUGACUUGGGGUUUGUGUGAGCUUUGUGUCUUGUGAGGGAGUCCGUUUCGGGUCGAUUGUCUCUUUGUUUCAAUAAGAAACGGAACUCUGCCUCAUUUCUUAUCUCUGGUUUCUUGUAUUUUGUAACCCUUUCAAGCUUUUCAAUAAGAGUUUAUAAUCAGAGUGAUCAAAACCUCCUGUUUAAAACCGAUGAACCAGACGGUUUUGGAUAGUUAGAUAUACAUUGUUUGUUGAAGGAUUGCAUUUA